UGAAUACUUAUAGUCGCAUUCCUCUCUCACGAGUUCUCUUAUCCCCCCGAGGUGCCACCACGAUGACCAUUCAAGUUAAACACUAUGUUCCGCCGCCCGCUACCAAAGAGUCAUUGGACUAUGCGGACCUUCCGAUAAUUGACCUAUCCAAGAACCCGCGUCCCGAAGAAGUGCGUGAAGCUAUGCAGACAUAUGGAUUUUUCUAUGUAGUUGGGCAUGGUCUAUCCCUUGCCGAGAACCAGCGAAUCUUUGAUAUUGCUGAUAUUCCGUUCACUGUUGUCGGUGACAGCGAAAAGCAGCAGUACGAGGCGAAAAUCAUACAGACAGGGACCUACCAGGGGUAUAAACUCCGGCAGUACUGGCACAUCGACAACGGUGUGAAAGACCAAAUCGAGCAUUACAACAUUCACCGGGAUGUCACCAUGCGACCGCACCCCGAUGGUCUGCGCCCGUAUCUCGACGAGAUCGAAGCAUUUAUGAGGCAUAAUCACUUCAAUGUUCUUCAUCCCAUUCUGCGACUCCUCGCGCUAGGUUUAGGCCUUCCAGAAAAUGCCCUCGUGGAUAUUCACGGAUACUCCUCUGUCGGGGAAACAUUUUUGAGGUUUAUGAAGUAUUACCCCCACUCCGCGGAGGACAACAAAAAGACGAAGAAUGUUUGGCUUAAAGGGCACACCGACUUUGGUUCAAUAACCAUCCUGUACAGUCAGCCUGUGUCGGCGUUGCAGAUCCUUACACCCUCGGGGGAGUGGAAAUGGGUAAAGCAUAUCGAGAACGCGCUGGUCAUCAAUGCUGGAGAUGCGCUCGAGUUUCUGUCGGGAGAGGUUUAUCGCUCUACAAUUCAUCGUGUCGUUCAACCUCCCAUGGACCAGAAGGGGUGCUCACGUCUCGGAGUAUUCUAUUUCUCUAUGCCAGAUGAUAACGUGAAACUCCUUCCAUUGAUUGACACCAAAACACCGAGUCGACGGUUUGUGGAUGUGGACGUGCCGACCAUGGAAGAGUGGCGAAAAGGGAGAACCAUAGCGUAUGGGAAAACCCCACUAAAUAAGAUAGAUGGGGACGAGGGGUUUGAAGAGGAAGUUGUCGCGGGGGUUGUGAACAGGCAUUAUAACUAAUGAGAGGUAUCCGUAGUUCAAAAGGCUGUCAAAAACAUAAAGUGCAGUGGAUUAUGACCCAAAUUUAUCAGCAUCCUCGGUUUCUGUCUACCUCAGGAAU